GAGCGACGCGGGCGCAGGCAGAGCUGCGGCGAGACAGGAGCGGAGCCUGAUACGGGUCGCGGCCCCACGGAGUCGGAGCUGGUGGGCAACAUGCUGUCGCCCGAGGCGGAGCGGGUGCUGCAGUACCUGGUGGAGGUGGAGGAGCUCGCCGAGGAGGUGCUGGCAGACAAGCGGCAGAUUGUGGACCUGGAUACCAAAAGGAAUCGGAACCGGGAGGGCCUGAGGGCCCUGCAGAAGGAUCUCAGCCUCUCUGAAGAUGUGAUGGUUUGCUUCGGAAACAUGUUUAUCAGGAUGCCUCACCCUGAGACGAAGGAAAUGAUUGAGAAAGAUCAGGAGCAUCUGGAUAAAGAAAUAGAGAGACUCCGGAAACAACUUAAAGUGAAGGUCAGCCGCCUCUUUGAGGCCCAAGGCAAACCGGAGCUGAAGGGUUUUAACCUGAACCCCCUCAACCAGGAUGAGCUUAAAGCUCUCAAGCUCAUCUUGAAAGGGUAAAACUCAAGAACCAAGAUGGGGCACCUAAGACCAACAUCCCUCCUGGGAUCAUGGAGGACCCAGGACUUUCCAGCCUUGAAACCUACAAGGACAGGAUCUUCCCUGCAAGGGGACAGGUGGGAGGAAUCUGGCCACAGCCCCUGUUUGAAGCUUCUUUGUAGUGCGUGGCUACUCUGAUGGCAGGAGGGACCCCUCAGCCUGCCAGUUAUCUCCUGGGCCUGACCACUGGGACUGGAUGGACACAAGACCCAUUGAUGGGCCCUGGCAGCCCCAGAGGGUAGGAGGGGCAGCGCCUUUAGGGGUGUGAGAAUGACUGCAGUAGGCACUUCUCAACAAUAGCCUGCUGUUCACAUGGGCCCCAGGCCAGGGAGAAGGGAGUGGGGACGAGUGGGAGCUUCAUUCCAGCAUUCCUCUUAGAAGUGGAGCGACAUUUUCAAGUAGUAUGUGUAACGGAACUGAAAUAAAGCAGGAGGCUCACUGGUUUGUGGUUCACCAUAGUCGUGUGGGGCAGAGAUGCCAGUCCCCCCCACUGCCUCCAUUCUGGCCCAUUUUCCUGCUUGUCCCAGGAUGGAUUGCAGGGUAGGUGCUGCUCAUCAACCCGCCGCAACUGCUUUUUAGUCAAAAGGCCUUGCAGACUCCUGCACCAGAGGUGACUGAGGGCUGCCCUCGCCGUGCUGCGCUUGUCCGGCACGUGCCUCCACCACCUCUGAAGCAGGGCCAGGGCCAUCGCUGCUCAGAGUUCCCGUCUGCUUUCGGGGUCUGAAGACCCUAACAUGACUGGGCUGUGAGGGCAAAGGAUGUCUUCCAUGUGCCUUGGGGCAACACAGAAUAAUUGUUACCAAAAUGAAUGAAUAAUAGUUUCUAGUCUUUACCUCUUUUGUUUCUUAACUGAGGGCAUGCUACUCCCUUUGGGAUACCAUCUACAAAGGAGUGGUGGUUCCCCUUUGAAACGGAGUCAGGAUUAGAGAGGCAGUAACAGAUGACGACAAAAUGGAGAGCGCACUCCAUUUAGUUCCAGGCAAGCGUUCUAUUGGGACACAGGGUGGCAUGGUCAGAUCUUAUGUUUUCUUCAAGAGAAUUUAGAAAUUUUGAUUUUUAAGUUGAACCUUCUGUUUUUUAAAUAUUGCUGACUAAUUCAAAAAUUUUUUAAAAACUUGGGUGUUGGCCAAACUUUACACAAGCCAAAUUUGGUCCAGACCUACAAUUUUGCAUCCUCUUGAGUUUGUUUUAGUAAAAAUGCUUGCUGGGUUUUCCCUAUGAUGGCCCUAAGAAGUAGGGAGGUGGAAUUAAAAACUAAAUUCUAUCCACAGUAGACUAGCCUAAGGAUUGAUAGCUCCAGAUAGGGGAGUACUAUACAGCUGUAUGAAGAAUAAGGAGGCUCUGAGCACUGAUUCAGAACAAGCUCCCAGAUACAUGUGAGGAAGCAAGGACAGGUGUCUAAUAAGCUGAUAAUUUGUGUGCAAUUAGAUGAUUCCCUCGAAGUAGAAACCGUGGUUGGAGCACAAGAGGGGAAGGGAAGGACAUGUUGCUGUUAUGUUGCAUAUUUUAAAAUAAAAAUGUAAAAAAGUA